AUGGCAUUCAUUUCUACCAAGCUCACCAUGUCUUCGAAUGCUUUUAUCCCCAAUAUUUACAUCAUCGGCCCUCAAUCCACUGGCAAGACAACACUCGUCAACAAGCUACAGACUGACCUAGAACACCAGCUCGUCGACCCAUCAAUCAACAAGCCACAAAUCGUCUCUGAAGUCGCAAGGACUGUCCUCGCAAAGCAUAAAUACUCAGCUCACGAUAUCCAGACCUCUACCAUCAGGUGCUUCGAACUUCAGCAACUCAUCCUCGAAGCGCAAGCAUCUUCCGAGAAGAAAGCGUUAGAGACUUCCAGCUGGUUCAUCUCCGACCGUUCCGGAUUUGAUCCGCUAGUCUAUGCAAAGCGAUAUGCCGCCCCAGGUGCCGUGCAAGCGUUGCAGCAACUCCCAGCUUGGAAGGAUGUCAAGACCAGAAUGGAGAGGUCUUUGAUUGUGGUUUGUGAAGCGGGCACGCCGUGGUUGAUGGACGAUGGCGUGCGACUGAUGCCUGGAAGCGAUGGAGAGUGGAUGCACAUUUUUCACGACUUUUGCGAAAUGUUGGAUGGGGUUGGCUUGGAGUACUUUGUAGUGCCUCGCGCGGUAUUGGAUAUCUCAGAGCGGGCAGGUUUCGUAUGGGCGAGGUGGACUGAGAGACGGCAAUCUUUGACGGACAAUCAGUUCAAUAGUCGAUAUCACAAGGAGUAA